AUGCCGGCUGAUCACUUCAAAAUUCACGUAAAACCUGGAUAUGGAACGAUUGACGACCUUUUUGUCUGGAUUAAUGCUUCAAUGGAUAUUUCCAAGAACAAGUCUUCAGGCAUCCCAGACAUGCAGCAGCGAUUUGAUGAAAUAAGAUCAAGAAUCUUUGAGGAGCCUCUUUGGGUCCUUCAGGAUUAUUUCGGCGGAUAUAUAUUUAAUCACCUCUUUUACAACAUACCAGGGCAAGUCGAGAGCCACAAGAACAUUCGAUUCAUCUGCGAGAAUGAUAAGUUCAAUGAAAAAACUGGGAUUUUGAAAAUUCAUGCCACUGAAACUAUUGAAGAUCUUCCCUGCAAGCCGAUGGUCCUCACAAAAAACUUCUUAGAAACUUACUUCAACAGAGGAAAUACUAUUCCAUAUAAUAUUAAUUUCUACUAUGGUAUGAAACUAAAGGACUUCGACCAAAGCAAAACAAAUCUCACAAUUAUAACAAAAGGAAAGUUUGCGUUAUCGUGGAUGGGAUGCAUGGAAAGAGAUGUUUUACUGGGUGAAGAAUGUGACUAUCCUUUUUCAGGCGAAAAAUUAGGCAAACUUAAGAUUGUCGAACAAUCGAUUUAUCAGAAAGCAGUUUGUUACUGA